CUCAGCCACUCUAUUCGUUGAGAGUGCAGCAUGAGGGGUACAGUUUGUCAGUUUUUGCUAUUGGCGCAUGCGGUCUAUGCUAUCACAGGACCUAGGCCAGAAAAUGAGUACGAUAGAAGAAGACAAGUUUCACUGGGGCAUCCAGGGUUUAGCGAGCAUCAGACAAGAUUUGGCUUGAAUUCUCCACUACAGAACUUCCAGACCCAAGGUGGCCUUCUCGGCAGCCCAACACAGAGCCCGAUUCAGUUUUCCCAGCCGAUCUUCUCACAGCCCCAACCGCAGCCAUCUUUCGUGCCGCAGUUCAGUAGCAUUCUGCCUAGUCCCGCUCUUCCAACAAAUAUUGGCCUGCAGAAUAAUUUACCUUUACCAAACAAUAACGCGUUCCAGUUCCCUCAGCCACCAGUCAAUCCACCCACGCUUCAGAGUAACUUCCCCCCUACGAAUUUGAGACCACUGCAGCAAAACCAAAAUGUACUUUCCCAACCAGCUCCAACACUGCCCACUUUCCAAAAUAACGGACCUCCCAUUGCGCAAAAUGCACCUUCUUUCAACCAUAAUUCACCAAGUAAUACAGUGAAUAUACAACCAAGGCCAACACAGCCCGCUUUUCUUCCAACAAUCCCAGAGUCACAAAGUCAGCAAAUUUUCAGUCAUCCUAAUCCAAUAACUAUCCAACCUGCACCGAAUCUAGCGCCACAGAGCCUGAGUUUAAACAAUGCGCAAGUACCUUUCCAAUCUAACUUGGGCCAAACCCCCCUGUUUUCGAAUGGACAAUCAUCCCAAAUCCAAAAUUUCUUUGAGCAACAGUCCAAAGAAAACCUUGAGAAACUGAAAGAGCUACAAGAGAGACAGAGAAUAAUUCAAAAGCAUCAGGAAUUUGUUCAAAAACAACAGCAGAAACAACAAGAAAAGGUAGAUAAACUACAUGAAGAGUUCUUAAGUAAACAAGCAACAAAAACUAUACCAACUAUUUCAACGACAGAAAAUUACGAACAUUUCUUCACCCGUAGUCAAGAUAAACACCGACCAAUCUUACCACAUGAGACGGAUUUGUUUAGGAAAGCUUUAGAAAUCUAUGAGAAAGAGCAUCCAACAACUACAACCACUACAACAACAACGACUACCACUACGACACCCGCGCCAGCGCCAAGGUACAAACCUAGAUCGAAGCCAAAGCCAAGAACUCCUCCUCAAGAUAGAAAGAAGCAACAAUUGUAUAAUGAAAUAAAAAAUUUGCUCGAAGAAAGUGAAACAAAAGGAUUUGAUGACAGCUUAAGAGCAAAAAGUGUAGCACUUUUACAGAAACCAGAUAUACUCAAACAAUUAAAAGUAGCAUUAGCUGAAAAUCCCGAAGAUUUCAGCGAGAAGAACUUUACGUCGCGGGAAAUCUCUUUGAACGGCCAGAAGUUUGAAGUGAUUAGAACCACAAAUCCUAAUUUAAUUCCUAAAGGAGCAAUAUCAGCAGAUAGUCCCAACUUGGCACAAAUUGUAGCUGGUACCCAGGCACCACAAAAAGAAAGUCGUAUUUCCUUCGAGGAUUUAACCAAAGAUGUUUUGCCACCCGGAGCAAAUUUCGAGCUAAUUAAACAAUCAGAUAAUGGCAAACUCGAGGAAGUCUCAAAAAUACCAAAUACGCUCCAAAAUAAGAAGAAGGUAACAUUUGUUUUCUUAGAAGAGCAAGAUGACGGCUCUUUCAAAGUCAAAGGAGUCAAAGCAAAUGGUCAACAAACAGAAGAGGGGCCUGAAGUCGAAAAUAUUCUGAAUAAAAUAAAGAAGGGUGAAAUACAAUUGCCUGGAAAGUUGUCGAAUAGUAUUUUGACAUCGACUACAGCCAAUCCGACUACAGAAACAAUUGACUACGUAGCUGAGCCGUCCCAUCUACCUUCAAGUUACUCUAGUUUUGUUACAACAUCCAGCCACGGAACCGUUGGUCAUAAUCUUGUUUCUCAUACGACACCCAUUCCAAACACAUAUCGAAGCAGCAUAAGCCAAACUACAAGACCGACACAAACUCAGACUUUCGCUCCGUCAUCGACUCGAACAGUAUCUACGACUGAGAGAUAUAUCGCCAAAUCCACGUCUCCAACCUACGACUUUACAGCGAAUAGAAAUAGUCACAGUCCAUCAUCUGUUUCAUCAACCCCAACUAGCUUCCCAAGCUCCACGUUCUCGAGUAUCAUCAGUACUACUCCAGCUUACCGCCACACCUCGGAAGACCUUGUGGUAAUAGGAUCUAGCGUGGUACCACCUACUGUGGAUAUAACCAACUCACCUUUAAACUACGGCAGACAAAUCAAUCCUGGUCUUGUCGAUAUCUUAAAAGAGAACGGCUUAUUUGCAACCGCUAAAUACUUACGUCAGUCUGGUCUAGACACCAUUCUGAAUGAAACUGGACCGUACACAAUAUUUGCACCUACCGACAAAGCGUUCAGAACAUUAUUAGUCCAGCUUGGUGGUCCUGAUAGAGCCGAAGAGAAAUUCCGGGAUAAUCCACGUUUGCUCAGUGGCUUGCUUCUCCAUCACGUAAUUCCCGGUGCAUUCGACAUUGGGUCCCUGCAAGACGAGAUGACUGGUGUAUCUCUAGCGGGCACCCAACUGCGUGUUAACCAGUACGACAUGCACGACGUAGAGUGGAAUGAGGUCCGGGUCACCACCAUAAACGGUGCUCGGGUGUUGGAUGACAAGAAAGAUAUUCACAUACCGCAGGGCAUAGCUCACGCAGUGGACAGGGUGAUGUUCCCAUUACCCGUCGGGGACCUGGUGCAGACACUGCAGGCCGACAGAGACAGGCGAUUCACAACGUUCUUGAAGGCGAUUUACGCCAGCGGCUUCGCAGAUACCCUUGCUGAGAGCAAAACUUACACAAUUUUCGCGCCAACUGAUGCGGCGUUCGCACGUCUUCAACCGACCGAGCUCUCGCGAUACUCCGAGAAGGCAGCAGCUCGAGCUCUGGUGGCCAGGCACGUCCUUCCAGGGACCUUAUACAGUGCCGGCAUGAGAUACUACCAGCUGAGGAACUCCAUGGAGGACGCUAAACCGUUGACGUUGCAGAAGAAUGCUGGUCGAAUCAAAGUGAAUAAUGCUCAAGUGAUAACCCACAACAUACCUGCAACUAACGGUGUCAUCCACGCCGUCGACAACAUCCUGUGAACUGCGCCCGCGGAUCCACUACUGCCAAAUUAGCUUCAGUGAAGCUUCCACUUCAAUUAACAAUAGACAAUUACAAUUUUCAAAAUAACUUUUUUGUGACAUUCGAAAACAGAAUUUGUAUAA